GCCAGUCGCCACUGUCGCCAGUCCAGUCUCGCGCCGUACCUCGCAGUGUCAGCAUCGCUUUUUAAUAAAAAUAAUUUGAAUUCCUGAUCGGUCUGAUGAUCAAUCGCACACAUCGUAUGCAAGAUGCCCUGGUUAUUGUUAAAUUAGUGAAAUGAGUUCUAGUGGAUUUACGAUGUGCGCCCACGUAGCCGGAAGUUCUUGAAGCUCCCGAAGACAUCAGAAGAAUGUUACCACAAACGUCUGACAUCAUACCUACUACCUUGAGUCAAAAAUGUGUAAAGGCGAGGGCACUGUACGACAACAUAGCGGAGGCCCCGGACGAGCUUGCAUUUCGAAAAGGAGACGUCCUUACCGUCUUGGAACAGAACACGGCAGGCCUCGAGGGCUGGUGGCUCUGUGCCCUUCGAGGUAGACAGGGUAUUUGUCCAGGGAAUCGAUUGAGACUCCUAGUAGGCCAGUAUGAGACUGGUAGCGGUUGUCUAGUAGGCAGCAGGUCGGAUUUGACCACGGACGACGGCCUCCAGAGGCACGGGAAGCGACGGAGUUGGCACGUUCAGCCGAACAAAGUGGUGACUCCUCAGAAAUGCGGAGACGUAUAUCUGUACGAUCUGCCAGCGAAUAGGGCGAGCCCAGCAUCAUUUAACUCGGCCAACGACCAUUUGCACGCUGGUCGUUGUCCAACUGCAGGAACCGUCGUCAGAGGGUCUAUGUUCGAGAAUAACACCAAUAACGAUGUUACUAACGAAUGUUACGACGUUCCUCCUCGAGCAGUUCCGGUGAUCCCGUCGCCUGCAAGCAGCCCGAGUCCCGCGCCUUCUUGUUAUGAUAUUCCCAGGCCUCCGGCUUCCUGCACACCGAAUUCCGUUUAUUCCACUGGAUCCCAGCCUUAUGAUUGCUAUGAUGUGCCCAGGCCAUUACAGCCCCUUACGCCCAGUAGCUCUGCCUCCAGCUUGACCAACGAUGGCUCCCUCAGCGGUUCCAACAGAUCCAGCCUGGCGCCAGACUACGACAUUCCCCGUCGGGUCCCACCGUCCAGGCACAGUACGCCGGUGCCAAAAACACCUACGCCGCCUCCAGUGGCUUCCUUGCAACAGACGCAGCAGAUAUAUGACGUCCCGGUAAGCAAAGAACUGCCGCUGGAACUGGACUCCGCGUUGGAGGGCUUGCAGAGGCUGCAGGGCGAGGCGUCGACAGCGAUAGCCAAGCUUCUCAGCUUCUUCAGCCCGAAAUGGAGGAGCUCUCAACGAUUGGAUGGAACCCUGAUGGACUUGAGGCUCGCCGCGCUCAGACUCAGAACCUCCCUCCACGAUUUAACGGAAUUCGCCGAAGGAACAUUAGGGAACGCGGGCAAGGCGCCGGAUAAGGGCCUGGUGACGAAGUUGCGUCCUUUAGUGAAGGCUUUGAAGGACUCCGACAAAUUAGUGCAGGAAGCAGCAUCGGAGUUAGACGCGAUGGAAUGGGACGCCGCGAAGUUGGCCCGCGAGGACGAUGACGCACCAACUCCUACUAAUAAUAAUGGGCCGCCGAUUUCAGCUUCGGUUACCUCGCUCUCACCACCUGAUCCUCUCGAUCAGUUGAUAGCUUGUGCUCGGGCGCUGACCGAAGACGUCCGCCAGGUCGCAAGCUUCAUACAGGGAAAUUCAACGCUUCUUUUCAAGCGAUCGUCAAUAAUCUCAACGGGCAGCAGUGGGAACAACAGCGGCGGCGGGGAGGAUUACGAUUACGUGAAUCUAGACUCGAGGGAAGUCGUGGCGAAGCAACGGGAAGAAGUAAGAGCUGCAUUGCCGCAAGAACUCCGAGGGAAUUACGAUUUGCUCGUCAAUGAGUCGGACAACGCGAUGAUCCAAGUUACGACCCCCACGCCGAUGGACCCGAACGACAAACAAUUAUUAGCGUUCUAUGCUGCUCAGGUGAUCACCCAUGGCAGUUAUUUGACGCACGCAAUCGACGCCUUUAUGCAGACUGUUGAGCACAAUCAACCGCCAAAGGUGUUCCUUGCGCACGGAAAGUUCGUGGUACUCAGUGCCCAUCGUUUGGUACACAUAGGGGACACGGUGCACCGGAACGUGAUCAGGAACGACGUUCGGACGCGAAUCCUCGAGUGUGCGAAUGCGUUAAACGAAGCCCUGGCGCAGACGGUAACGAAAACGAAGCGUGCAGCCCAGUUCUUCCCCAGCGUAUCAGCGGUACAGGAGAUGGUCGACAGCGUGGUGGACGUCUCGCACUUCGCGAAGGACCUAAAAGUCGCCAUGAUUCACGCGGCCCAGCAGCCUUAAACCGAAAUUAAAAAAAAGAACGCCCGUCGGAAUCUCAUUGGAGUCCAAUCUGGGACGUUCCAAUGACUUCCUUAUCUGAUUCAAUCUACGAGUCCGACGGGAUUUGAUCGUUGCCGGACUGUAUUCACAACUUUUUUACCGAUCGAACCGUUCAGUAUAGUUCCUUAAACUUAUAUGAAUAAUACGAGUAAUCGUAGACGAUUUCAGAAUGCAUUUUUCUAGAUUAAAACGACACACGCGCUCGCGCGUUUGGCAACAUUUUUAAGGUCGACUGUCUUUUUUAGCUAGGCACGACUUUUUCGUGCCAGGCUUUUUACUACAGUGCUGUCCGGAUAUAUAGCCACGCUCGGACUAGAAAUUUACUGUAAAUUACUUUGUAUCAUCUUCAUAGUAAGAUCCAAAUAUUGGGUGCAUAAUGAUCAGUUCCAAAGUUAGAUCUAUCCUAAGUCCCAAAGUUGAGUCUUAUGGUAAGGCCGAAAAAUAAGUCCCAUCAUAAGGCUCAAAACAUUGCCAUAUAUCCGGACAUUAUUGUAAUUCGAUAAAAGCAGAUGAUACAGAGUGAUUUACACUAGUCUCCGAAUAUAUGACCGCACCCGGCUCCUAAAUCCGAGCGUAGCUAUAUAUCCGGACACUAAUAUACACGGCUCUUCCAUUUGAUAGAGAACGCACAAACGGUCUUUACGCACGUGAGCCUCCCUUUACAGGAGUCCCCGCGAGCGUCAAACUUUCUACCAACUUUAAGAGGAUUAACAAGAGAAGGCGGAAUCGAUAUAGACGUCCUAAAUUUAAGAAGCAUUCACUCGGGUACGAGACUGGACUAGAGUUUGUAUUAGUUAAAUGUAAUGGUGCAAGGCAGCUUUCUUCGUUUCUUGUUCAAGUGUUACGACUUGUGACCGUGUUUCCGCAUUUGUAAUUUGACGUUGCAACAAAUCCUGUAUGAAACGCGUCCACUCGCUUACGUUCCGUAUCGUACGCGCCGGUUAGGAUCGGCGGUAGGUGCUUGUACAGUUUGAAUUAUGUUCGUUCUGCCCCACACGCACAGACGACGGAAGCUCGACUGCUGGUGUAUAUAAUUAUUCGAUAUAUUUAUAUAGAUAUAUUCCUCGUGUGGAUACGAUCGUACCAAGUACAGGCGUUACAGGUAAUCGUGCAAUGUGUAAUUAUUUAGUUAGGUAUAUGGAACGUAUACUCAAAGUGGUAUAUAUAUAUAUA